UCUACGUAAAAAAAAACGACAUAUGCGCUCAAUUUCGUGUAAUUUAGUUUCGGUUUAAUCUUCAAAUAGUUUUUACUCAAUUAUAGUGUGAAUUACACGUAUUAUCGCAGUUGAAUGCGGCAAAUUGCUUUCGGUGGUUUGAUUAGUGUCAUUAACUCUUUAAACUAAUUUUAUUUGUUCGGUCUUCGAUUUUGGUCGAUCGUUUUUGGCACUUUCGGUUUUACGUUGCGUCCACCAAAUCGAAAUAAACUCUGCAGUGAUUAGUGAUAAAUAAACUUGGUGUUGUUCAGUGCAUCGGACAAUAUUUACUGCUGCGGCGGACGCAAGUGACUACUGCUUCUUAAGUUCAUUUUUUGGGCACGAGUUCCGCGCGCACAUCACGGAUUUUUGCGUUUCGUCAUUCGGAUCCGAUUGAUCUGGUGGCGUUGGGACGGCGGUCGAUUCGAUUGGCGUUAAGGGCCGUAAGGACAGCGGACCGCACGCCACGUACCAGCACUUCACCAAAGUGGACAACAAACCGUUCACGACGUUGAACUUCACGGAUCUGGGCUCCCCGUUCGGGGGUCCAAACGAAGAUCCACCGGGCACGCCGACAAUGUCGGGCGAGGGCCACAUCGGACCGCCAACACCCCACGAAUCGAACAAUUCGACGCCCGUUUCGAAGAGUGCGUUCAUCGAAUUGCAACAGCACGGCUACGGGCCCUUGAGGACGUCGUACCAACAUCACUUCAACAGUCCGGCGGGUAAUGCGCACACGGGACCGACGGGCACCCACGACGCCGGGUUCCCGUCGCCCAGGGGCGCGCUCGGUGCUUAUCCCUUUCCGCCGAUGCACCAGAACUCCUACACGGGAUACCAUUUGGGAUCGUAUGCCUCAAAUUGUCCGCCAUCGCCGAAGGACGACGACAAAUGCCUGUCGCUGGAGAGACAAACGGGAAGCGGGAAAGGGAAGAAAAUGAGGAAACCAAGGACAAUAUACUCGAGUUUGCAGUUGCAGCAGUUGAACCGACGGUUUCAGAGAACCCAGUACCUGGCUUUGCCCGAAAGGGCAGAACUGGCCGCCAGUUUAGGAUUAACGCAGACACAGGUUAAAAUUUGGUUCCAAAAUAGGAGGAGUAAAUAUAAGAAAAUGAUGAAGGCUGCUCAGGUCACCGGUGGUACGAACAACAACGGUACUCCAGGAGGUCAUUCCGGCCUUUUAGGUGCCAAUGCUAAUCUGCCAUCCUCGAGUCCAGGUCCUCAGGGUCAAAAUAUGAUGCCAGGAGGAGGCGGUUCAUCAAGCGGCUCGCCCGCCACCGGCUACAUGCAACACUCAUCGCCCGCACCCAGUUCCACCCCUGGCUCGGACAUGUCCGGCCAGCCCGCCGCCAGUCCCAGCUGGGACGUCAAGCCGCAACAGCCGAUCCAUCCGCCGCCCCAUCCGGCGCCUCACCCCCACCCGUCCCACAACUACCUCCCGCAGUACUCGUGGUACCCAGCGGACAAUCCCGGCCUCCUGACGGUGUGGCCAGCAGUUUAAUAAUGAAUCAAGUGAUUAGUUACUAAAACUUCAAUUAACAAAGGAUAAACUGUGACCAGUGAGAGUAUGUAUGUAUAUGUUACAUAUGUCUGUUUCAUUGUUGUAUAGAUUGUUUUUAGAGCAAACAUUCCAUUCUUUUGUACAUUUAGAUCUCAGACAUGUUUUUGGUGGUUCCAUUUUUACUAUUUUCAAAACCUGGACUACACACAAAAAGCAAGCACCCUUCCUUUUUGUGCGUAAUCCACAUUGUACAUGACAAAUUAUGUAAUAAUGAAUUUGGUGCAAUAUAUUUUUCGAAAUCGACCCUCAGAACGUCAGUAAGUGUGUGUUUGCAAAUUUUGGACGAACAAAAGUUCUGCGCUUAAUCCACUGUUAAAGUCUCUUGUUAGAUGAUAAACUUACUGAUAGAUUUUUCGGUGAUUUUGAAAAAUAUUCGAUUGUUUUAAUUAAAAUAUAAAAAAAUGUAAAAUAGUAACGUACUAACAUUUGUUGCAUUUCAACGGGGGGUAUAAAAACGAAUCGCACACAAACAAAUCAAAUUUCUGUUUUUGGCUUUGUUGUCUAAGUCAGGUAAUGUUCGUUUUUAAGCCUCAUUUUACUCUUUUUAAUUUAUUUUUUUUGUGUUAGUACGUUUUUGUUGAAUAUGUAAAAUAGAUAGAGUGUGAUUGGUUGCGGACGUUGCGGAAGAAGCCGAAAUGUUUAAGGCUGGCGACGGAUCAUGUGAAAUCAUUGGGUUGCUGCCGGCGAAGUCCUCCUGAAAUGAAUGGGGGGACAUUUAGUGAUUCCUGUAUAUUAUUACCUAUUAUUAAAGUAAAUAGUUGUUGAUGAUUGUAUGAUGGUGAAUGUCAGACAGCAAAUGUACCUUAUUAUGUAAAGUAGAUAUAAUUGAGAAAAAACUGUCUUAAAAUUAGAACGAAAUUAUAAUUAUUAUAUGAAACUAUUUCUAAAUGUGUAUAAAGAAAGUAUAUAUAUUAUAAAAAUAACAAACUUUUAAUAA